AUGGGCGGUUCGGUUCAUCCAUCACAAAGACGAUUUUCGUGUGAGUGCUGUAGAAAGAUCAAGGCGAGAUGUCAACGCGUAUAUGCAAACGACUCCAAAUGUGCGCGGUGCACGCUUCUCAACCUAGAUUGCAUUGUAGGACAACAAAAGAGAGUUGGAAGACCGCGAAGAGCUCCUACUGCAGAUGCUCAGGCACACAAACACCGAAAUAACACAGGCUCAACUAUCAGUAAUCGGAAAGUUGCACCAGCUAAGGUACACAACCAUGUCGCAAAUCCCACCACAUCUCAUGAAGCUUCUUUGGUUAAGGAAGGCUAUUACCAGAAUUGGGGCAUAGAAUUUCCAAUGGACACUUCAAUAACUACACUCGUUCCAACAGACAAUGAAACUUACUCCGGAGCCCAAGUAUGGCCAGCUGUUGAUAUAAACUCUUUUGAUCAAAACCUCCUUGCAUGGGAUGCUUCCAAUGACCUUGAUCGCAACUUUUUCUUAUCCAACGACGAUUUGAGCUUUAGCAGCGCUUCAUCAACUGCCUCCCCGCUCAAUACGCCCCCCUCAACAGCCUCAUCGCCUGCUGAUAGUAUUCAUGGCGCCGAAGAAGAUAUCUCGCAGGCGCCAUGCGCACGUCGAGUACGAUUCAUCACAAUUGCAGAUGCCAUGGCUGAGCUUUCCAAGAUGAACCUCAACUUGCACAUCCGUAUGGUUGCUGUGGAAGCAAAUAGAGCAACAUUGGAUUUCAACGGCAUCGUUUAUGAAAGAGGCCCGCUGUUCAUUGAAAACCUUACGCUGGCUCAGUUCCUGUUAAAGGCAUCCCAAGACUUGAAGUUUAUCUUGAGACGGAUUAUCAGCGGGCAAACGGAGCGUGGCAUGUCGUAUUCGACGCAAACAACAGAAACAAAAUCGCUGGAGUCAUUAACAUUAUCAUCGCAAGCACACUUAGGAAAACCUCGCAAUUCAACGUCGAUCUAUUCACCAAAUUCUCCUCCCUCUUCAGAACUUUUGUUCGCCCCUCUUGCUCUAAUCAUCACAAGUGUCUUCAGCCAAAUCAUUACACUCUGCGAGCUGAGCGUUGAACUCAUGGCUAUCCGCAUUGAUCAGAGUGCCACAAAUCCUGUUGUACAACUCCCUGGCCUCGCUUUCGGCGGCUUGUCUGUGUCAGAGCCAUGCAUACAGGGAAUGGUCUUCUGCGAUAUCAUGGCACAUAUAAUAGAGGGUAUCGAGCAAAAUCUCGGUCUCAAUCUGGUCCUUGGAGUGAGCGGAACUGGAUUGCUAUCCGCGAGACAAAAAGAUGUGCUUUGGAGCGAGUUGGAUGGAGGACCUGGAAUUAUCCCAGGCCAAGGUUUCAUGAGGCCCACUAAUCUACGGAAGUCGUUUGGAAGACUUUCACUGACUCUUAGGCAAAUUUCUAUGGAUCAAUCGGUUAUGUACAUUUGA